CGGGUGAUUCCCCAUCACUCGCAACGAGCCAAUCAGAUACUCGCAGCUGGCGCGUCGCAGGGCAUAUAAGCGGCGGUUAUCCAGCGUAACUUACAUUUUCAGUUGAGUUUCGCUGAGAAUACUGCUGUCCGUACCGUUCUUGAAGAAAGAUGGCUCGUACCAAGCAAACCGCAAGGAAGUCUACCGGUGGUAAAGCACCACGAAAACAGUUGGCGACAAAGGCUGCACGUAAAAGUGCACCUGCGACCGGAGGAGUGAAGAAGCCGCAUCGUUACCGUCCCGGAACCGUUGCUCUUCGUGAAAUCCGUAGAUACCAGAAGAGCACCGAACUUCUCAUCCGAAAAUUACCAUUCCAACGACUCGUUCGUGAGAUUGCUCAAGAUUUCAAGACCGACCUCCGUUUCCAAAGUUCAGCAGUAAUGGCCCUUCAAGAAGCUAGCGAGGCUUACCUCGUCGGUCUCUUCGAGGAUACGAACCUUUGCGCUAUCCACGCAAAGAGAGUAACCAUUAUGCCGAAAGAUAUUCAAUUGGCACGCAGAAUUCGUGGAGAAAGAGCUUAAGUUCCCUUCUUACAAUUCAAACAAACGGCCCUUUUCAGGGCCAACAAUAUUUUCAUUGUCGAAGAAACGAUUUUCUGGUCACUUGAAUUUUCUUCAAACACACUUGUUAUUACCUGUAUUUAAUAUCGAAGGUAGAUUCAAAAUUUCUCAAUUAAACCUUACCCUUUUCUUACCGGUGAUAUUUCAUUUUGCACGUAAAUUUAUGUUUAGAUUGAACUUACAAGUUUCGUAGUCGAGAAAAAUAUUUCUUUCAAUUAUACUUGUUACUAUGUACGUUAAUGCUUAUAAGCAAAUAUACCUAUACCUCAGUUCUCAAGUAUCUAUAGAUUAAUUAAUGUAUGAUAUUGAUCCUUUAUCAAGUUCGUAGAUAAUGUAAACACAUUGCAUUGAGUCGCUUUUAUUAAGAAAAAUUAAGCGAUUCCCUAAACCGAUACAGACUUUUUAAAAGUAAUAAUGUUUAGAAGUAUUUAAUAUUAAUCUGUACAAAUUGCUAGAAAUUCGAUUGUUUUGUCAUUUUAUAUAUUAAAAAAUAUACAUGUCGAAACUAGUAACCUCCUCCUGUUCGAAGUCGGUUACAAAUCGUGAUGUAAGCAACGAAAAAUGAUAAAUGAUAAAUUUUAUUACCAAUUCUGAAUUAUCUUCAUGUUUGAGAUUCUCCAUAACUGGAAAAAUAGGAACAUUUUAGCACUUGGAGUAAUAGGAGUGACUAGAACCUAGAACGUACUAAAAUUUAAGGUUAUGUCCUGUUUAUUCUAGAACUUUCUGUAAUUGUACAAAUAUUUAACAAAACUAUAGUGUGACUUAAAUGUGAUAUUAAAUAAUAGGGCUGAACUUUACUUUGAAGCACCAACAAUUAUUUUCUCUACAUUUUUAAUAUUGAAAUCUCAUGUUUUGGUAACAGUGCUGUCACAAAGAAUUUUUUUCUUCAAUCGUUUGAAUUUAAUUUAAUCUUUCAACUUUCAUUAAGUUACAAAUGGCUUAUAACAAAGAUAAGUGCAUUGCUUGGAUAGACACAGAGGACUAGAUAUAGAAAGAGAUACAAUUUUAGAAGUUGCUUGUAUAAUAACUGAUGAAGAGUUGAAAGUAAUAAGCGAAGAAUUUAAUGUUGCAAUUAAUCAGAGUGAUGCAAUAUUGACAAGUAUGAAUGAAUGGUGUAUACAUCAUCAUAAUAUGGGUUAAUAAGUGACUGUCAAUCUAGUAAACUGACUCUAAAAGAAGCAGAGCAAAUGUUGCUUGAUUUCUUAAAGAAGUACAUUUCAAAAGGAACUUGUCCAUUGGCUGAAUUAUUGAUGUCAGUUCACUGAAAGAACUCGUCAGGAGAUGGAAUCCAGUGAUUUAUAACAGCACACCUAAGAAAGAAUGCGUACACAGAGCCUUGCCGGAUAUAAAAGAAAGUAUACAGGAACUAAAAUAUUACAAGGAGAAUAUAUUUUUAUCUGGAGUCCCUUAACCAUAAUUUGUAUUAGUUUGUAUUUAAAUUCAAUAAAUAUUUAAAAAUUUA